AUACAGUAAACAAACAAGGAGCUAAAGUGGUGUAUUUAGUGUUCAACAUCAUAUCGCUUGUGUUUAUUCUUUAUUUUAAGCAUCGUAGCGCUGCGUAUAGUAGUAUCAUUGAGUGUUCAUCAUGCCAACGGCUUUAGUUAUUCUGGCUCCAGGGCAAGAGGAAAUUGAAACCACUGCAGCCAUCGACAUACUGAGGCGCGGGAAAGUAGAGGUCACUGUCGCCGGUCUCGAGGGCACAGAUGCCGUGGUAUGCAGUCGCAAUGUGUCGAUUGUUCCCGACGAAAGCCUGGAAUCUGCCGCGUCCAAGGGCCCAUAUGAUAUGAUUGUACUACCAGGCGGUAUGGGUGGUGCCAAAGCCAACGCUGCCUCGUCAGCUGUCAAAUCCCUUCUCGCCGAACAAGAAAAGGCUGACCGAUACAUUGCGUUGAUCUGUGCAGGACCCCUGUCACUCAUCAGCCAUGGCAUAGGCAAAGGGAAAAAAGUUACUUCUCACCCAUGCAUCAAAGAUGAUCUUAUUAAAGCCGAAUACGAAUACAGUGAGGACCGUGUAGUCGUCGACGGAAAGCUUAUCACAAGCCGUGGGCCUGGCUCUGCCAUUGAAUGGGGUCUCGCACUAGUGGAGCAGUUGGUGGGCAAGGAAACCGCCGACGAGGUGCGUGCCCCUCUUAUAAUGCUUUAAGAAGUCUUCGCUACCGUUGCGAGCUAUCCACUUCGUCCCGUUGAGCACGCCUCGACCGUCUCGUAACAAAGAAAUUGGCCAGGCUGCCGGAACAGCAUUUUUUGGACCUGCGGCAUGUACUCGGACCAAAUGCCACAAGGCCCACGCAUACGGUAACCAUAUCAGUACUCGAGACGUGGGCGGGCAUACUGCAACUCUCGCUCAAAGGACAGCCAUUCUGGCAGGAAAAAUAUUGAGAAUCUAUUUCAAGGUACCAAGGAACUGGCCUCCAAAUAUCAAAUCGUAAAUAAAAUAUCAAAGUUUGAAUUGGAUUCAUGAGCGUGUUCGACUCGUUCACAUGACGGUACAUUGCGAUCUCGCGCAAAUACACGAAAACGACCACAUGAGGAAAUAUUCAAAUGUCAGACCCUUCUUUUUUCCUUUCCGUGAUAAAUGCCCUUGCAGUACUCUUUUCGAUGGUAAUAAUGGCACAAACC